AUGGCAGCAGCCUACCGUGUGGUAGUGAGCAGUGUGAGCUGCUACAACAGUGUGGUGGUGGAUCGGCGCAGCCACUCUCACGCUGUACACUAUUGCUCAGGCCCGUGCAGAGCUCUUGCCCAGGGGUUGGAAUGCGCCGUGGCACAUCAUGGCACCUGUUCCGAGCUCCUGGUCGUGCCAGACUCGCCCUACCUGAACAGCCCUUCCGGACACUCCAGGUGCACGACUUCGCAACAGAUUCCACACCAUGGGAAAUCGAGUGGUACUCUAGGUGCAGGGUACAACUGUGGUGCUCUGGAGAGGGCCGGGAGUAGUGGAAAUUUGUUCAUAGGGGAGGAGAGCAACAUGUGGCGGGGGAAAAAGGUCACCAGUGGUGGAGGAUCAACGGGCAACCUUAGCUGUGGUAGCUACGGUAGCCUCAAGGACAUCACUGAAGAAGCUAUCAACCUAGCCAGUGGUAAGCUCAAAGAGUUUUCCUUUGACAAGCUUCGCCUCUCCUCUUCUAGCCACGUCACUUUCCGGAAAGGCCGCAAAGUCCGUCCUGAUUCGUUCAGCCGCCGCUCCACCGAUUUGGAGAUCAUCUACGGCCACUUUAGUUCCAACGUCUCCAGUAAUGGCACGACAAACGGAACCACCACAACUCCCAAUGAUGAGAACACGCCGCCGUUACUGGAGACGAAACUGAAGGGCAGUUCGAGCUCUGUCUCUACUAUUACAAAAGUCAGUGGUUCGACAAGUGGAAGCGGGUCUUUGGACCAUAACGUGAACACUCUGGCUUCACUUUAUCGCAAUACUCUAGGGGAUGAGAACCUGAUUACCCGUCUGCUGGAGAAAACGUGGGGAGAGGGAACUGCCGGGAGUGCUGGUGGAGAAGAUAUCCGCGCCUGCCUUGACAUCCUGCUCAAAUGCUCAGAAGACCUGAAGAAAUGCACUGACAUUAUCAAGCAGUGCAUCCGACGCAAAGGAGGGCCUCAGGAUGGAGGUGCCAGUCCCGACAGCGUGUACCGGGCCUUGAUGACCCGAUUGAGCAUGUACCUUAAGAGACUACCUUUGGAGCUGGAGGGGAUAGGAGGCAGUGGACAGGGUACGCCCGGAAGUGGGCAUGGCGAUCUGAUGGAGCUUGUAAACAGUCUCCACUCGCUCCAACAGGCACCCUUCUCACCAAUAUUUGGAAGCGAGCAGCCUCCUCGUUAUGAGGACGUUGUGCAGUCGCCUCCUAAUGCAAAGACUUCGUCGACUACAACUUUGUCCGCUCCUCACAUAUCCGUUCAGGGCUCUAUAUCUAAACCCCUUACCAAUGGACUUCAGCAUUCACAUGCUCCAUCGUCUGUCACGCUUCACAAUCUUUCUGUCACGAGUUCGCCUUCCAGUCACUCUCCGACACACUCUCCGUCCCAUCUUCGGAGCUCCCCUACUCCACCGUACACUCACACCCCUCCGGGAUCCCCCAUGGAGCCACUCUACAUUGAGGAGGAAGAGGCAGAUAUGGGUAAGAUUUCGCAACAGAUCACUCAUCAUACAUCCCAGGACAAAACCACAUCAAAUAAACCCAUGUAUUUAUCUCAAUUAGACUCUACCAGCACUGUCUACAACGCAAUGAAGCCUUCCUGCACUACGCAAGCACAUAGAAAUGAUGACAUUGACAAACUGCUGAUGGAUCUGGAGAAUUUAUCUCAGAGCAUGAGCAAUCCCAGGAGCACUGAACCGCCUCUACCGGUCAAGACCCGCAAGCGAGGUGGCCUGGGGACUUUGUCCACAGAUCCCCAGACUCAUCUCAAAAUGCCCCAGUUCCAAGUCAAAACCGCUGCAAGCCACUUGGCCGGAUCCAAAGCACCUCAGGGAGACAAGCGCAACGCUCCAGCCGGUGAGGAGCAGGAGGAUGGCGCGUUGCUCUUGAGAAUCUUGGAGAGUAUAGAGAAUUUUGCCCAAGAACUGGUGGACUCGGGGGCCGGGAGUACCGGAAGUGCUGAGAGGAACAGCGGUAAGGAACGCGAAGUGAUGAAGCUCUUGCAAGGCACUCUGGCCUCCACUGGUAGGCCUGACACCCCCACCCAAAGCACGACUGUAAAAACUGUUCCGCCAGUCAGUCAAACGGAAACCAUUGCGGCACUAACAGUUCCAGCCAUACCGCCAAAACUCUUUAGCCGAACUCCCUCGGCUACUCCUGUUCUCACACAAAAACCUGCAACUGAAGAGGUGUGCGCAGCUAAAUCCGAGCCUCAAGCCACACCUGAGGCUGCCUCUGCCUUCGUGCCUACAUCAGAAGCAACAAACAUCGUUUCAGGAGGUCCUAUGGUCCAUCCUAUAUCCACUCCUGGACCCACAAGCUUGCAUUCUGAGCCGGUGAACGAUGUUGCGCCGAAAGUGCCGCCCACCAGUUCCAGCCUGCCUGUGGUUAUCGAGACAGAUCCUUCUGUUGUCGUCGGAGACACUCUGGCCCUGAGAGACACUGGUUCGACCCUGCUCAUCCAACAGAGUCCUGAAGUAAUCAGGGUCCAGUCCAAAGCAGAGAAGAAACCCGUCACACCACCCCCAUCCCCUGCCCAGGUCUCGACUGACCCACAGGCCACCUCGCCGGAGGCCCCCGUCGUCAUCACACCGCCUCCUCCCCUCGCCAUCAACAUUCCCAGGUUCUAUUACCCUCGCGGUCUUCCCGCCACGGGCCCUCCGGCCGAUCACGAUGCUGCUAUCGCCACCGUUGAAGCGGCUUUCUCCGAGUUUGAAGAGGAGAAGGCCGACAUUUACGAGAUGGGAAAGGUCGCCAAGGCGUGCGAUUGUCCACUCUAUUGGAAGGCAGCCAUGUUCUACGGCGCCGGCGGCGAACGGACCGGCUUCGUGUCAGUUCACGCCUUCGUCGCCACCUGGAGGAAGUUGCUGAACGGUUGCCACGACGACGCCUCCAGGUUCAUCAACCUUCUCGCCAAACCCGGCUGUCACUACCUCGAGCAGGAGGACUUCAUUCCUCUUCUGCAGGACAUCGUGGACACGCACCCCGGACUCACCUUUCUGAAGGACGCGCCUGAGUUUCAUUCCCGCUACAUCACAACGGUGAUCCAGCGGAUCUUCUACGUGGUGAACCGCUCGUGGACGGGCCGCGUUUCCACGACAGAGCUACGGCGCAGCAACUUUUUGCAGACGCUGGCGCUGCUGGAGGAAGAGGACGACAUCAACCAGAUCACCGACUACUUCUCCUACGAGCACUUCUAUGUCAUCUACUGCAAGUUCUGGGAGCUGGACGGCGACCACGACCUGUACAUCGACCACAAGGACCUGGCGCGAUACAACGACCACGCGUCAUCCAACAGAAUCAUUGAGAGGUUGUUUUCGGGAGCUGUCACACGGGGCAACGCCGUGCAAAGGGAAGGACGCAUGAGCUAUGCUGAGUUUGUCUGGUUUCUCAUAUCUGAAGAGGAUAAGAAAAAUCCCACCAGUAUAGAGUACUGGUUCCGCUGCAUGGACGUGGACGGCGAUGGAGUUUUGUCCAUGUUCGAGUUGGAGUACUUCUAUGAGGAACAGUGCGAACGAAUGGAGCGAAUGGGCAUCGAACCGCUGCCCUUCCAAGACUUACUGUGUCAAAUGCUGGACUUGGUCAAGCCGGAGAGUCCAGGCAAAAUAACACUGGGUGACCUAAAGCGCUGCCACAUGGCUCACAUCUUCUUCGACACCUUCUUCAACCUGGAGAAAUACUUGGACCAUGAACAGAGAGACCCCUUUGCUGUGCAGAAGGAUCUCGACAGCGACGGUCCGGAGCCAUCCGACUGGGAUAAAUACGCCUCUGAGGAGUACGAAAUCCUGGUAGCGGAGGAAACUGCCAAUGAACAGAUUCACGAAGGAUCAUUUGAGGACGACUACGAACUCGACGAUCUUCAGGUGCCGGCCGAGAUUGGGAAUAAAAUGGAAAAACUGGUCAUUUCGGAUCUGUCGGCAUGA